GUGUUUAAGGCACAGAUGGCAUGCUAAAUCGCCUGUCUGCAAACUUACUUCGGACAUGGACCCGUUCCUCUUACCGACGCGUCUCCGUCGCCAAUGACUCGAAACUUGUGCACACAAAGACAUUUGCGACCGAAGCUCCAUCUGAAGAUGACAACGUUUCCCUAGCAAAUAUCGUCCAAAGGAAACUUAAAACCGUCAGAUCGUCCCUAAGUAUCAGCGACCCACUCAAGGUUCCUUCAAUACAGGAGCUCGAAAAAUGGAAAGAUGCAAUAAAAGUUGGCAAUCUCGACGCGGCUAUGAAGACAUGCGGAGAACGUCUUCUUACAGCGCCAGUUUGGGUGCUACUAUACCUCCUGUCCAGCAAGGUCCAUACACCUACUCAAGCAGUGUCAGCUGUGAACAUUAUGUUGCAUCACUUUUCCAAUGUUGAUAAGGCCCUUCAGCCUGCCCUUCUCAUCCUCGCUAUCCGAUUUCUCGCUAGGCAGCAAGUCGAGAUACCCGUCCCGAACUUGAUAAAGCUCUUCCUCAUUCUUGAUAUUCCCGAUCCUCCCACGCAGUUCAAUCUACUUCUUCGGUGUAUGUCACACUUCAAACCAUCUCCCGUACUUGCCAAGGCUACCACGCAAGUACUCGACGCAAUGCACGGUCGGCAGAUCAAAUUACACUCGCGAACGUAUCGGACUCUGCUUUCGAACAACUUAGUAUCACUCGAAUUGGCAAAGAAGCUCCAGCAGAGGAUGGAACUAGAUGGUACGAAGCCGAACCGCCAUCAUCUCGAAGCCUACCUCCGUGUUUUCGCUCAUCACGGUGCAGUACAUGGCGCAGCACGAUAUCUCAACUUAAUCAGGGAGCAUGCACAGGACAAAGCCGAGUUGGUACCCUACGGCGUAGAAUUAUCUUCUCAAGGCGCAAAAGCAGUAAAGUCACCCAAUAGUGUCAACACGCGUUGGAACACGAAGUUCUUAGCGUCCUUCAAAAGGGACUCCAGCACUGCCUUUCAAUAUCUUCGCGAGAUGGUGGACGAUAAGGAUGUAGCUCCCAUCCUUCUACGGUCAGUCCGGAAAGAGAGUCGUAUCGGCCCUACAAAUAGGAAGAACAGGCCACUCGUCUGGAAACACAAAACACACGUAUCAGACUGGGCGACGGUCCUCAACGUCGCAGCGCGCGAUACGAGGAUCAGCAGUGAUCGACUUCUCCGAUUAUUUGACGAGACGAGAGCAGCCGCCGGAUACCCUCCCACAGUCGCCAUAUUCACCGUCCUCAUUCGCGGGCUUGCAAGGAAGGGAGACUAUGCUACUGCUCUGGAAGUAUGGGAACGAUGUUGUGCAUCAUGGUCCCGCAGACGAAAGAUAGACACAAAAGCCCUCACCGUAGCGAUGGAAGCCAUCGUCGGUGCCGGAUACCCAUUAGUCGCUUUCGACACUCUCGUCGAGACGACAGGUGUUUUACACGACUGGGACAACCCUCCGCCGAAACUCAGCAACUCAGCAAUAGGCCGUCGAUACAAACGCGCUUUGUGGUCUAAAUACGCUAAAGUCGACGUACCGCUGGUAAAUGCGCUCAUGAACGCGUACCAGAAGAACGGCCGCCCGGAUUUGGUAUUCAAACUUUGGGACGUGUUUCAUCCCCUAUUUGGCGUACACCCGAACGCGAACACGUUGACUAUCGUGUUGGACGCUGCGUAUUCUGUUGCGCGGUGGGAUCACACAUUCCGCGGGCUACUUGAACAUCUUGGUCUACAUGAUUUAUUUAAAUCCACUUCGCGAUCUCCGGUUCCUGUAGCCGAAAAGGACAGAAAUCUAAUUGUACAGCACCUACGCGCCAUCAUCCAACGAGGCUCCUCUCCCGCUAAACGAAGAGAAGGAGACAGAGACGGAACCAAACCAGACUCGAAAGAAGUUGCUCAAGAAGCCCAGUCUUACAUGCGCAAAACACUCUGGAAUGGCGAGCUCGCAGCACCGAAAGCAAUUAAACUAUUCCAAGAGAUUGUUCUGGGUAAUUUCCCCGAGCUAAGGGACGUCGUCGCUCCUGCCAGAGCAAUUUGGCCUGAUGAAGCGGGGAGUGCGAGUCCGAUGCGUGAUGCAUUGAGUUCCUUGGGUUCGCGAUUACGCGGGACAAGUCAUACUCAUCCUAGUCCCAAUCCUAGUUCUACUUCUUCAGCGGAACAGAAACCACUUCUCAUGGGCCCGAGUCUCCUCCUGAACCGCUCCCAUUCACCUCCCUCAAGUCCCUCUUCCACUUCCUUCCCUUCGCCCUCCCCUCACCCACAAAUAACCCCAACCAAACAAACCUUCACCUCCUACCUCAACCUCCUCUUCAUCACCCACCGCCCCUCCCAAAUCGCACUAACCCUCGCCUGGAUGCACGCUCUCCAUAUCACUCCCUCUCGCCGUCCACUCGCAAUCGCUAUCGCACUCUGGUCGGAAGCAAGCAUGCGUGGACCGCUAAUCGAUCAAUUACAUAGUUCUUAUGGUUUUGGUGGGGAGAGUGAGUUUAGUAAGUUGAUGAAGUGGCUUGAGGGAUGGCUUGGUAGGGAGGGGAUGCCGAGUGAUGCGGCGGUUUCGUGGGCUUUUAGGAAGUUGAAGGUGGAGAGGGAGAAGUGGUGAGGAGGGAAAGGGAGGGGAGGAUAAAACAGAUGUCCUAUUUUUAACUUCGUUUUGGUUUUUUUUUUUGUGCCUUGGCUUUAGAAGAUGCGUUUGUUGGAUUUUCGCUUUAUGACCGUCUAACAUUCGCAAGCACAUUCAUUUGUAAUAAUACAUGCGUAGUAUUAAAACAUC